AUGCGCUUUAUUGUCGGCGAAAUCGUAUUCUUCAAUAUAGUCGGAAAUUUUGGCAACUUUCAAGUUAUCUACCUCAAUUGUAAAAGCAAAAGACUGCAGAGCAAAUCUGGUGAGACUUAAAAAAAUCUUCCAGGGUUUUUAUUGACUUUCAGCGACUCUCCAAUGCAUCCUGUCGUUGUUCCAGUCCUUCUGCUUGCUCAGCACCUUGCACAACGCCUUCGGGAUUCUGGAAGACGAAACGUACACGAGAAGAGAGUGUUAUCCGCUUCUGGCCCCCUACGUGUUCUUCAUUUGCUUCCAAGCCGUCUUGAUGCUUCUACUGCCCAUCGACAUGCUUUUCGCCAUUUUGGCCCCUCAUAGGUUUUUUUUUCACACCGACUCAAUAGCUGAUUCAUGGCUGGAUUCAACGUUUUUAGAUUCCACAAAAAAAACCUUGAAAAGUUGAUUUUUGUUGAGGUACCGACAAAUCAACACGAAGAAGUAUAUUUUGGGAAUGUUACUUUUUCCCUUGACGUAUUCUUCAGCGUUGAUGGCUUGGGGAUUCGAGAAAAUGGACGAUCAACCGGUCCGUUACUGUAAUCCCCCGACAGGUUUUUUUUUUCAAUUCUCCAAAAAAAGUAAAAAAUUACCGCCACGUUGAUCGUAUUACCUCGCUCUUCGAGAAGUAACUUAAAACUUUUUUCUCCUUGUAAUUGCCUUCUGAAAUUAUCCAUGAUUCGCAAAAGGAAAACCAGUGUUAAGGGGUCAGAAAAAAAUUUGGGGGUCGAAAUAGAAUAUUAAUUCCAAAAGAAAUUUCUUCUAUUUGAGUUUGAAGUAAUAUUUUUUUGAAUAACAACAUUUUAGAAAUUUUUUUCGGCGUUGCCUGGAUAAAUAACAGCUAGAAACUAUCUUUAUUCAUGAUAAACAAACAAUUUCGCUUUUUGCGCGUCGCCGUCGCCUUUUGUGCAGCGUAUGCACCACUACGUACAAAACAUUGUAUGUUCCGCCACUGGGCGUGGCUUUCUUUUGUGUCGCAUUGAUCUUAUUUUUUGAUACCACUCGCGAAAAACGUUUACAAAAGAACCAUUAAAAAAAGUUUGGGAUUUUUGAAGACUCAAAAAAUUCAGGAAUGCAUCCCGACGUUGCCAAAUGCUGGAUGAUAACGAACCUCGUGAUUAACACGGCAGUUUUGGCUCUUUUCGUCGUUUUGAUAAUCCAUAUUAAGACGCAAGGACGUUCUAUGAAUAAAGGUAUCGUGAAGGAAAUACGAAAAAGUCUUCGUUUUAAUAUAGUUUUCAUUCGCGGUUCGAAACAUUUUUUUACGAAAAGAUUAAUUGAACUAUUAAUUUUUCAACACUACAAAAAAGAUGGAGAAAGCAGCUUUUCAAGAAUUUUCCCUAGAAAAGCAUCAAAUCUGGUUUUUUUUUCAAUAUAAUUGUAAGCUCCAGCGGAUUCUCAAAGGAGACGUCGAACUAGUCGGGCGGUUAGACGUCUUCUGAUUCUGAUGGCUGUUUUCAUCGGCUCCUGGUACAUUUGUAUUCUCGGUGUCUACAUGAUUUUGCUCAAUUUUCAAGGACAAAACAAGGAUUUCCUGCAUUCCAAUUGGGUUUUCCACCUCUUUAUUCUUUCUGACUAUUCAUUUUUUUCCAGAUUUUCUUCGCGUUGGUCUGCUUCUCCGAGUCGUUCUACAUACUUCUCUGGCGCUCCAAAGAACACCGAGACGCUUUUCUCAGGCAAUUCAGCUGUUUUAUGGGCGAACCUGCGAAAUUUUCAUCUGAUAGCCGUGUUCCCGAUAGAGCUUAAUAAAGAAAUUUCAAAUUUUUCUUUGUCAAGUUUUUUCACAGAAGUUUUUUGAACUUGAGCAUAUUGAAAGACGAGCAUUGGACUUUCGAAGUUUCUGGUUAUCUUGAUUGAAGAUAAAAGUUAUUUAUGGAUAAUUGGAAAGUGCUCAGAAUAUCCAGCAGUUGUUUUGUACAGGGGUUUUGGAUGUUCUACAAUGAAAAGGUGAAUUUUUCGUUCAUUUUUAUCGACCGAGUAGUUUUUAAACCUGUGUUAGAAAAUUUUUUUUUUGUUUUUCAGAGGAGCCAAAAAAUAUAUCGAGGCGAUAAGUAUAAUUAUGAAUUAUUGAAAGCUUCUUCGUCUUUGAAGUCUCAGCAUGUAAACUUCCAAAUUUUUUCUCAUUCUGUUUUCAUAGCGUUGAAUUCGAGAGUACUCUCCUCGCUGUGGUUGGUCCACACUUUCCUCGCCCCAUUCCUUUCCAAAAAUGUACUUUCUCGCCAGUUCGAUUCUCUACUUGCGUUUCUUUCUUUUCAUACCAAUGGAAAAUGUUUCUACUUUUUAAAUCGAUCAUAAUAAAUUUUUCAGGAUGAGCAAUGCCUCUUCAUACAAUAGAUCAACCUCAAACAGUCAUUCGCCUUCCCCCAGACAGGUUUCAAAAAUUAAUAUUUAAUUUUCAAAUGAGUUUAUCUAAGGCAGCUCGUUCACAUGGUUCUCGGGACUCGGGCCUAUGUUCCACGAUGGAAAUUCCAAUAAUUAGUCCACAGCAGGUAAAUAAAGAAUUUUUUUUAAAUUGAGUUUUAUUUAGAUCGACGCUCUCAACAGCAUUCGUAUUGGAAGAGGGACGUACGGAACUGUCCAAAAAGCUCGUUUCAGGACUUCUCCUCAGAGCGAAUACAAGUACAAAGAGAAUUUUUAUUUAACUAACUAUUUUUUGUGAUUUUCCGCUUUUUCAUCGAAGUUCCAUUAGUCUACGUGAUAAAAUUGAUAAAAAAAAUGUUGUAGGACAAAUUUUUCAAUCUUUUCAUGUUCAGGAACGUGGCGAUAAAGUACGCAAACGAUCCUUUGCAUCGGCCAACGUUGAUUCGUGAAGCGAAAGUCAUGCAUAGCCUUCAGAGACAUCCAAAUUGUAUUCAGUGGGUGUUUAUUAUAUUUUUCCAAUUUUUUAUUUGAAAACUUUUUUUUUGCUCACAGACAAUAAGUAGUUCCGAUUGGUGUGAUUUUUGUCACAUUUUUCUUAUGUCGAAAAGUUCUGAAAGCAAAUUUUACAGAAAAGUUUGAAAUCGAAAAACAAAAUUAGUGAAUAUAUAUUGAGGUUUUGAAAGUUUUGAACAUUUUUUUGAUUUAUUAUUUGAUUUAGAAUUUUUGGCGUUUAUGAUUGCCCACUAAAUGGAACUGGCGUCGUUAUGGAGUACAUGGACUGCAAAAGUUUGGCCGAAUGUUCGUGGUUUAUCAAUUUUGUUUAAUUUCUAGCUAAUUUGCAGUGUUAACGAAUAAAAACAUCGAGUAUAAGAUUGAUCAUGCAAUCUCGUGGCUUUUCCAAUUGAGCAACGCCGUCGACUUUUUCCACUCACAUGAUCAAGUUCAUCGCGACUUGAAGCUUCAAAAAGUUAGUUCAAUGAGAAAAAAACGUUUUGAAUACAUAUUUAUAGAGAAAAAGAGAUUUAACAAGUUUUGUUCAUAUCUCUUUCAAAGAAAAAAAGGGAAAAAAAGCUGUUUAUUAUAUAUAUGAAUAUUUAAUUGUGGUUUUUUUUGUUGAAAUCUUAUAUGUUGUGAAUUUCUUUUAGUCUGUAAAAAAUCAGAAAUUUAUCAAAACAUGAAGCAAUGAAGUAUUUUUGGUAUUAUUCUAAAAUUCUGGAUUUUUUUCCGCAUUUAAAGACCGAGUGAUAUAAAUAAAUAAUUUAAAAAUGCUCUAUUUUUCAAGAAUAUUUUUUUAAGUAUGCUGCUGUCGGAUCGAUACCGUUGCAUGAAAUUGUGCGACUUCGGAACUUUCACCUCAAUGCACACAGCCAUGACGUGCAACCGUGGAACCCCAAUCACGAUGGCCCCAGAGAUUUUCAGGUUCUAAAACUAGAAAAAUUGGCGCUCUAAGAAGAAAAAGAGAAACGUCUUAGUUUCAAAUAUGAAUGUGAGCUUUUUUUUAUUGUCGAUUAUUUCAAGUUUUGAGGUUUUUUUACUGUUGUUUCUUUUCGAUGAAAAACGCCAAUUUUUUUAAAUUUUUUUCUCUGAAGAUUUUCUUUGAAAUUCCAGAGGCGAAAACUACAACACUAAAUCGGAUAUCUACAGUAUAGGCAUAAUUAUGUGGCAAAUUAUUUCUAGAAGGUUUGACUAUUUUUUUAAAAUUCUUCUUAGAAAGGUCACUUAAGGGAUCCCUAUCCAAAGAAUAUUGAUGCAAACGUCCUUCUGUGGAAUGUGUGCUCUGCGGAUAAACGACCACCCGAAUUGUCUUGUAGCCCGGUUCUAUCGCUCUUCUAUAAAAGGUAUCACCUCGUGAUUUUUUUUGAUCCAUUCUUAGGAUUUCAGAUGUUGGGACAAUGAUCCGAAAGUACGGCCCACGAGCCAAGAGUGCAAGGAAUAUUUUGAACUUCUCAGAGAGGUUUAUUUCUUUUGAAAAAAGCAAUCAAAGAAGCCAUUUCCCAGGACUAUCCCGAUUCAAGCGAACCUUUGUUGGAUGUCGACACAAGGGAGCCGAUUCGGACGCCUCAACCGAAUUUUGUAACCACCGCUGCGGAAUUCUUUGAGUCAUUUUGAGCGGUUUUCAGGCUGGUCUACCAUCCCAGAAAAGUAAUAUCGUUCUACACCCGAUGUCUCGAUCGAUGUUGACGCCGAAUAAGACCCAUCGACGAGCUGGAAGCGAUCAGUCGACUUUGAUACGAUUGGUACGGGAGUUGGAAAGAAAAUUAAUUCUUCAGAGAAAGUUUUGGAAAAGUUAUUAUAUUUCAAAUAUAUGCUCAAGUUUAUCCAAACUCAUCCCCCGUUCAGCAACCCCCAUCGCCGGUCGUCGUGCCAGAAGACGACGACCCGACGCUCUCGCCAUGGGAAGCCGAAAUGCGCGGAACCCGGUCGCAGUCGGUCGCAGACAACCUCUCCAACAUCAGCAGUGUCGCCGGCGCGGCUGCCGCAUUCGCCGCGAAAACUUCUGCGUUGCGACACGUGCCGCCGCCUCCAGGACCUUCGAGAAAAGCUGAAGAACCUCCGGAGAUCGACAGGAUGUGGAGGGUUAGUGGAAAAAGACAUGGAAAAGAAAUAAUUUUAAAUACUUGUGAAAAAAGUUAUAAGUGGCCUCUUAAGGGGUUAAAAAUUUGACCACUAUAAAGGUCUAAGUGGUACUACUAGACCACUAAAAAUUUUAGUGGCCACUUUAGGGGUCAGUGAAAUUUUAUUGGUUCAAUCAACUUUUUUUGAAAUAACAUCAGUGGUAACUUGCGAGAUGUGGUGGUGAUAUAUCAGUUUUUUUCAAAAGAUUUUCAAUUUUUUUUUCCCCGCUAAUUUGAAGCACUUUAUGGCUCUACGGCGGAAAUAAAAAAACAUUACUAUAAGUGCAAAAGUGAAAACGAUUUUUUCUCUGGAAUUAAAUAGUUUUUUUUUCAUAUAUGCUUUUUCAGCCAGUGUCUCCAGUUCAAACCGACGAACUCUCAGUUAUGAUCCACGACGAGCACAUGGCGGCCUGCCACCAACUUCAAGUCAUUCUCAUGGAACAGAAAGAGGAAUUGGCUAAAAAGUUUCAAUUUGAAUUAAGAUUUUCAAAUUAUUCGAAAUUUGAGGCAUCAUUACGUUGCGUCGGUCGCCAGAUUGGAUGCCAUCAAAAAGUUGACGAACCAGUGUGUGGGUUUCAAAUAUAAAGAAAAAAAGUGAUUGGGCCUCCAUGAAAGUUUCGAAGUUUUUUUGUUCUCUAAGUUUUUUUGGCAAGUGAUAGAAAAAAACGUUAGAAAAAAACGUAAAAACAAAAAAAUUUUCAGGGAAGAAUCAAACAAAAAAAUUGAGAGCAAUAAAAAAAUAGAAAAAAAGACUGUUUUAUUUCACAUUUCACUUUAUUCAAAAAAAUCAGUUUUUUUGAUCAAAGUUUUUUUUAAAUGAAGGUGCGUUUUUAGUAGUUUUCUGAGCAACUUUUUUUUCAACUAGUAAUUUUAGAUAAUCCGAAUUUCAGGCUUUAGGUGCCCUUAAUUUAUGUUCCAGGUACCAAAAAAAUUCAGAAUCUUGUCCUUGAUGAUUCUAGAAAAAAACAAAUUAUUUAUCAAAUUAAGGAAAAAAACCUUAAAAAAAGAAACUACAUCUUAGAAAAAAAUCUAAGAAAAAAAUCUCAAAUUAAGGAAAAAAAUCUUAACUUUAAGGUCAUUUGACAAAUUCAAAAUUCAUAGCUAAAAAAAGUCGUAACGAAGCUUGUUUGCUUUUUUCAACAACUACUUUUUCCCAAACAAUUUUUUGUCUUAUUCAAUUUUUUAUUCAGAAAAGCCUUCAAGCGACCUACGAUGACGCCAAGCGACGAAUUGCGGCCGCUUUUCCUCGCGACAAUACUCGAUUAUAG